AUGAUAAUCACUUUUGCCACCUAUUGUAUUGCGUUUUCCCUGGUGGACGCUUUUGUGGAAGCGAUAUUUCAUUCUUACAACGGUUGUUUCAUUUAUUUUACGUUGAGCACCACAUUCGGGGGAUCCAAGAGAGCCGGGGAGAUUGGACUUUUAGUCUACUGUGGAGUCUACUCAACAAUUCUUGCUUCACUGGCAGUCCAAUUUUUCUAUCGAGCCGUUGUUAUUGCUGCUCCAAACUACGUCAAAUAUUUUAACGGGUGGAACUACAUUUUUUGUAUUUUGUACGCAAUAAUUUGUGGUAUCGCGUGGCCCCUCAACGUUUCUUUAACGUAUCCGGAUGAGAUGACCGAUGCCUAUAUGAAGGAGGAAAUGCUUUCGAAUUAUGGAGUCAAAGUCAAGGAUGUAGCAAAUUAUGUAGUUCUUGCUUAUAACGGAGAAGGCGAGUCGAAAACACUGCGCUGGAACAGUGUCGCUUGCAUCUUAUCGGUCUCAUCACUGUUAAGUUUUCAGUAUAUGGUUAUGUUGAUAAGUGGGAUAUUGGUGUAUAGGGAGAUUCAAAGGAAAUCGAGAUGCUCGGAGUCUAGUAAACACGAAAAGUUGCAGAAACAGGUUUUUGUGGCGUUGGUUUAUCAGGUCGCCGCGCCAACCAUCUUUAUCCAACUUCCCUCGUUCAUCGUGCUCACCAUUCCAUUCCUUGACCUCAAGUUCAGUUUUCGUGGCGCCAUUAUAAUCUACGGAUAUUGCACAUACCCAUUUGUCGAUUUUCUGAUUAUUCUCAAAGUUAUUACAGAAUACCGGAAUGCAUAUAAACGAUUUCUGAUAAAGUUGGCCAACAGAUUCAUCGAAAUUUUGGGAUAUGAGAUGCCAACAACAGUAGCUCCCUCGACAACUGCUGCUACUAUUAGUAGGACGUUGGCAAGAAGUGGAACACUGUUCUAUGUUAUCACGGUGUUCCUUAACACAUCUUUGAUUCACUUGACCCUUUUCCAUACCAAACAAAUUGUGGGCACUUAUCGAAAGAUGAUAGUCACUUUUGCGUUAAUUGGCAUUGCAUUUUCUACGUUGGAUAUGUUGGUGAGACCGUUAUUUCAUUCUUACAACGGUUGCUUCAUUUAUUUCACGUUGGGCAGCACAUUCAGAAGUUCUAAGCGAGUAGCAGAGUUUGGACUUUUAAUCUACUCCGCUUUCUACUCGAUGAUUCUUGCCUUCCUCGCUGUUCAAUUUCUAUACAGAGCUUGUGUGAUAUCUAAACCGUACUGGACCAAAUAUUUCGACGGAUGGAAGUACAUCUUCUGGCUAUUCUACACAUUUCUGGGCGGGCUGUUGUGGUCCCUGGCAUCCACUCUCACUUUCCCUGAUGAAGCCACGUUGAGCUACAUGAGAAAUGAAAUACUUCAAAACUAUGGAGUAGAGAUCAAAAAUGUGCCGCAUUUUGCGGUACUGGCAUAUAACGGCGAAGGCCCCCUCAAAACAAUCCGCUGGAAUAGUUUAGUCUGCAUCGGCUGUGUCUCUGCUAUCCUAGUUUUUCAAUAUUCUAUUAUGCUGGUUUCUGGAAUUAUCAUGUAUCGAAAAACCCAAGGAAAGCUCACCGCCACGUCAUCUGAACAAGAGAGGAUGCAGCGUCAGUUUUUCAAUGCGUUGAUUCUCCAGGUCGCCGCGCCCACCAUCUUCUUCCAACUCCCUGGAUUCGUUGUCUUGGUUUUCCCAUUUUUCGACUUCAAACUAAGUUUUCACUCCGGAAUUGUGACCUUGGGAUUUAAUGCGUAUCCAAUGGUGGACACUUUGAUUGUGCUGAAAGUCGUCACAGAGUACAAGAACGCUUAUAAACGUUUUAUACAAAGUUUUGCCAAGGAUUGCAUCGAAUUCCUUGGAGGGGAUACACCGAGGAACCCACCGGCAACUGUCACAAAUGCCUUGGCCAAACUUUGA